AUGAACCUCGCAUUUGAGAACCAUCCUAAGAUCAAGCUGCGGCUCCAUGUCACCAUUGGCGCGUUACUUUUCCUGAACUUCGUCCUCAUCAUUGCACGCAUAGCGAAUAAGGGUACGCCCAAGACCAGGUCAAACACCUGGGGUAUUGCCGUCUGUCUCAAGGCCGCCAUCUUCCUGGCUUACCAAGUUCUCACAGCUCAUGCAGAACGGUUCAAGCGAUGGGCAAGCGCGAAGGCGUACAUGAUCCUUAACUUUAUUGACACCAUUUGCUCUCUUCAUCAUCACCAUUAUGGGAACGAAUGGCGCACACAGCACGAGCAGCCGUGCGCUUGGUGGCGUUGUCGCCACAACAAGUAUCAUUUUGUGGUACUGGAAUCGUUGGCUUCCUUACUUUCAUCUGCAUUCGCGGUUGGCGAUACUUCAAACAAUAUGGCGCCCUCCCAGGCACGUCAAAAGGACCAAAUUGACGAUCUGAUCGAUCAUGAUGCCAACAGCACCUCUGCCUAUGAUGCUUCUCAGAUUGAGAAUGAUCUUGGCUGCUGCAAAUGA